GUGGAUGAAUGACUGCGUUAGCGGCGGUGGGCGGGUCAGGUCCCCCUCUCAGAGUCCAAUAAGAGCUGGGUGCUCGGUGUUGGGGAUCUGGGUGCUACGCUCUCGUCUCUCCGUGUAGUUCAUUGCAUAACUCCACUGCGGCUCCCCGUAUCCCUGGACCCCUCCGCGCUCCCUCCUCAGCAUGGCAGCUCCAAAGAAAGUCUGCGUCGUGGGCUCCGGAAACUGGGGUUCUGCAAUUGCCAAAAUAGUAGGUGCCAAUGCCGCCCAGAACCCAAACUUUGACAACACAGUGAAAAUGUGGGUGUUUGAGGAGAUGGUGGAUGGACGAAAGCUGACUGAAAUCAUCAACACUGAGCAUGUGAAUGUGAAGUACCUGCCUGGACAUAAGCUCCCAGAGAAUGUGCUUGCUGUCCCAGACCUGGUGGACGCCUCCAAAGAUGCAGACAUUUUGAUUUUUGUCAUUCCUCACCAGUUCAUUGGAAAAGUCUGCGAGACAAUGAAGGGCAAGAUCAAGACUGAAGCUCUGGGGAUUUCUCUAAUCAAGGGAGUGGAUGAGGGGCCUGAUGGACUCAAACUGAUUUCUGACGUGAUUCAGGAGAAACUGGGCAUUACCAUGAGUGUCCUCAUGGGGGCCAACAUCGCCAAUGAAGUCGCAGAUGAGAAGUUCUGUGAGACCACUAUUGGAUGUAAGAAUAAAAACCACGGGGUGCUGCUGAAGGAGCUCAUGCAAACCAACAACUUCCGGGUUACAGUUGUUGAAGAAUACGACGUGGUGGAAAUCUGUGGAGCCUUGAAGAACAUCGUAGCAGUCGGAGCUGGUUUCUGUGACGGUCUGGGCUUUGGUGAUAACACAAAGGCAGCGGUGAUUCGGUUGGGGCUGAUGGAGAUGAUCGCGUUUGCCCGAAUCUUCUGCACUGCAGGGCCCGUCUCCUCAGCAACAUUCCUGGAGAGCUGCGGAGUGGCCGACCUCAUCACCACGUGCUACGGAGGGCGCAACCGGAAAGUGGCAGAGGCAUUUGUCAAGACAGGGAAGACCAUCGAAGAACUGGAGAAAGAAAUGCUGAAUGGACAGAAGCUGCAGGGACCAGCCACAGCCGCUGAAGUGUACCUCAUCUUGAAGCACAAAAACCUCGUUGACAAGUUCCCUCUAUUUAACGCGGUGUAUAAGAUCUGUUAUCAGGGCCACCCAGUCACAGAGUUCAUAAGCUGUUUGCAGAACCAUCCGGAGCACAUGUAAAGCCGACCACCACAUGCCUCAAGAGGGAACAAUGCAACUCUCCAUCUCCCCACACUGGAUGGGACAUUUUCCAUUCCACAAAUCUGUUCUAUUUCUUCCAGCAACUUCAUGGUCAACCUCUGAAAUACGCCUACAUGUUCAGAAAGUCUUUUAAGAGCUCUUGUCAGUUAUUUGUUUUACAUUUCAAGUAGGUGCCUACCGUAUUUUCCGGACUAUAAGUCGCUCCGGAGUAUAAGUCACACCGGCCAAAAAAUGCGCAAUGAAGAAGAAAAAAGAUAUAUGUUGCACCAGACUAUAAGUCGCACUUUUGGGGGAAAUGUAUUUUAUAAAACCAGGAACCAACAUUUCAUCUUGAAAGGCAAGUUAUAGUAAGAACAAUAGAACAGAGAACAGGCUGAAUAGGCAUUAUUAUGUUAACGUAACGUAUUAACAGUUAUUCAGAUAAUUAUAGCAUAAACAGUAUAACAUAAGUUUACCAAACUCACAAUCUCACUCCAAAUCACUAAAUCCAUUGAAUACUUCAUCCUCAGUGUCACUUCUGCACAACCUCCAGAGAUAAACCAUCCAUGAUGUAAACAGAGCGCCGCUUCCUCUUCUGUGUAGCUGUCGUCAGACUCCGCAUCAGUUACAGUUAGAAUUUUUCCCGCCUUUCUGAAUCCUGACAGGAUGGUUUCGGUCGUCACUGAAGUCCAGGCUUUGUCAAUUCAUCCAGUGACUUCCAGGAAAGUUACAUGGCGCACCUGUCCGGUUGCCGUGAAGCUGUGUUCUCCAUCCCCGCUUUCCACCAGUCCCUCACAAGUUUCUCACUCACUCCAAACUUUCUUUCUGCUGCUCGAUUACCAUUUUCGGCUGCAUAUUUCACUAUUUGCAGCAGGACAGCGGGCUUUUUCUACAGGAGGCAUGCGCAGUAGAGUCAAGUGACAGUGGUACAGGAGUAAUAGUAGUACAAGAUACUGACACACAAGUCUAGAGUGCCCUCUCGCAGCUGUCAGUGUGAAAAUUUUAAUAUAUAAGUCACACCAGAAUAUAAGUCGCAGGACCACCCAAAUCAAGAAAUCAAGAAAAAAAGUGUGACUUAUAGUCUGAAAAAUAUGGUAUUUUGAUUAAACCUGUCAUGUUUUUAACUGAAAUGCAUGAUCAUAACUUCAAGGCAAAAAUGAAUUUCUACUCAAGUUAAAAUGACUUGAAUUUUAAGUUGUUUAGUUGGUGGGUCGAGAUUGUGUUUGUACUUACUGACAAUAUUUUUUUUCUUAUUUCUUACAAGUAGAUUUAAAGGAACUGUAUUGUAACCUGUGCUUUUACAGUUUAAAAAGAAAGAUACUACAAUUAUAACUGAACCCAGGUUGCCAGUGCCUAAACUUGCAUAUAGAAAACACAUAGACCUUCAAGUUUUUUCUCAUUCUCAGUAUAUGGAUAGGCCAUACAUCAUUUGAACCUCCAGAAUUCAAUCGGAGGCUGCUGGUGCUGGGGUUUAAUGACGAUCUUUGUCUACACUAUUCAAUACAACUUAAUAUUUUGAAUUCAAGUAUUUUAACUCAGGUAGAUCUUAAUUAUAUGCAGUGGAAAUGGGUGAAACACGUAAUUGUAAAACCACGCCUUAGUAACAAAAUGUAUGCAUUCAAGAUAAGGGCCAUUUUAAUGUCACAUGUCAUUGUCCAGUGAAUGCAUGGAAGCUAAUAGCCAUUUUAAAAUAAUACAGUAGUAAAUACCUCAUUUCAUGUUGAUCUUAAGUCUUAUGAACUUCACUGUGAAUCUUUACUGUUAUUGUACUGUAUUACUGUAUGUUGACUAAACGCACAGCAAAUGAAGAAGCAAGUGCCUUUCUUGUGCAUGGUUGUUGGGUCACAGCCAUAAUUUCUCUCAAAGAUGUGGCAACCAGAACACCGUCCACUUGACCAUCUGCUCAAACUCACCCAUGUUUUGGUUCAUCUCAUUGUAUCUUUGUAAUUUGUCAAUAUGUGAAUAAAUUAAUCCAGGUAUCUAAA